CCUUGACGUCCUGGAGGGAGGAGCGUUACCGCCGUUCUCGUGAGCUUUCUCGACUUGAGGGAGGGAGGUGGAAGCCUCGGAUACCUAAAUCGCGAAUUAUCGUUCUCCCUGGAGUCUAUUCUUCGUUUCAUCCUUGAGCCUCAGUCAAUAGGAAAUUAAAAACCCCUUUUUUCUCCUGAUAAAGAAUAAAGAGUAAGGUUAAUCAUUUCGAAGAUGUAUGGAUCAAAAGUCACGCCAGGUUUGUUGAUCAUUGUUUUCAGUGCCAGAGAAAAGUCGAAUGAGCUGUUUGGUUAAAUUUAGAGGAAUUAAAGAGAAGUGAUCAUUACGUCUAAUUAGCGAGACGUUUUAACUAAUGGAUAAGAAACGCAGACGGUAACCUCUACGUCACUGAGACCAAAGCGUAGACGAAAAGGGGCAGGAAAUAAAAAAAAGAUAAAAUAUAUAAAAAUGCGGCUAUGUGGAUUCAAAGUGCCGACAAUGGGAUGGGGUAUGACCAUGGUGCUCAUGGCAGCAGCUACCAUAGGUGUCCUGGGAACAGAGGAGAGAGAAGCGACGCCCAUUAUCUCCACCAAAUACGGUCAACUGCGAGGAUUCUUCCAGGAAGUCAGGACUUAUGGCCUCAGGGUAGCCACCUACCUCGGCGUGCCCUACGCCACUCCUCCCGUGGGCGCCAAUCGCUUCAGCCCCACCCGCACCCUCUCCCAGUGGGUGGGCGUCCACGAGGCCACCAAAUUCGGCCCGGCGUGUCCGCAGAGGCUUCCGGAUAUCUCCAACGAAACGGCCGCUCUGGGGCGGAUGUCCCGUGGGAGGCUUCAGGCUCUGAGGCGGUACUUACCUGCUCUCAAGCACCAGAGCGAGGAUUGUCUGUACCUCAAUUUGUAUGUGCCCGUCGGAGAAAAAGGGGCGACAGCGUACCCAGUGGUGGUUUUCGUCCACGGUGAAUCCUACGAGUGGGGUGCUGCUAGUCUCUACGAUGGGUCAGUCCUAGCUGCCCUUGGGAAGGUCAUUGUCGUAACGAUCAACUACAGACUGGGUAUCCUAGGUUUUUUCAACCCGAACGUCGAUCCAAUUGGCCGGGCCACGGUUGCCAACUACGGAUUAAUGGAUCAGUUGGCAGCUCUGCACUGGGUCCAAGAGAACAUCGUAAGGUUCGGAGGUGACCCAGGUCACGUGACAGUUAUGGGUCAUGGCACAGGGGCCGCCUGCCUUAACUUCCUGGUCAUUUCUCCGGCCUCGGCAGGUGCCGGCCUUUUCAAGCGUGCCAUCCUGAUGUCAGGUUCUGCCCUGAGUUCCUGGGCGUCAGUUCAAGAACCUGUGUACUACGCAGUUCAAGCAGCUAGACAACUGAACUGUGACGUCCCAGAUGACCUGUAUCAACACUACGAAGCUCUUCUUCACUGUCUCAGAGACAGGACAGUUGAGCAGAUUCUCGAGGUAGAACUUGAGACGCCCCAAUUUUUGUCGUCUAUUGGGCCAAGUAUAGACGGAGUUACCAUCAGACCAGACUGGAAACAUCAGCAUAGCAAAACAGGCCAAGAAGGACGCACUCCCGUUGACAUCCUGCUGGGCGUCACAGCAACCGAUAUCCUGGAGGUCUUCAGCGACGAGGAAAUCCAACACGGCUUCGAGAUCGACUACAGAGACCGUCUGCUGAGGACCUUCGUCACCAAUAACUACCGUUAUCACUUGCAGGAAAUCGUCUUAGCAAUCACGUCUGAGUACACGGACUGGUCACGCCCAGUCCAGCACCCAGUGAACAUCAGGGACCUGACAGCAGAAGCCUUGCACGACGCAACUUUGGUGUCUCCGGUCACAAUCGCAGCCAACCAACUCUACUCGAAGUCGAGGUCCUGUUACAUGUAUGUGUUGGACCACAGGCCGGAUAACCCCGAUCCCGAGGUAAGAGACGGGAACUGGCCUGACGUGUCCCUGAGUGAAAUGUGGUAUGUGUUCGGAGUCCCGAUGGUCACGCCCGAGAUAUCAAGCCCUUUGACUCCCGCCCUUAAUUUCACGAAAGCGGAAGUUGCCCUCAGCGAAGCCGUUAUACACUUGUGGACUAAUUUCGUCAAGACUGGGAAUCCUAACGAAGGAGGGGCAGGAGGAACAGAAGAAACUCUGGGUCCUUUGAGAGAAAAGAGCAAAUAUAGGACCCAGGACUGGUCGGGCUAUGACCCAAUAUACAGGAGAUAUCUGGAAUUAGGUGGACGCGGCCGCAUCAAAGACCACUACAGAGCCAACCGCGUAGCCCUUUGGUCCUGGCUGGUCCCCGGCCUGGAGACCGUCGGCUCCCGCUACGGUCCAGACUCGUCCUUUCACCAGCUCCCGGACUACCAACGCCCUGAGACCUACUCAGGACCUACUAGACCCACAAACCUGUCAAGCAACCUACUCCCACCUCCAACGCAAGAGCCAACCACAGCAGUUACAGUCACCACAGGUCCUCACAAUACUCCUAGGCCUACUGUGGUAGUGAUCGCCAACAGCAGCAAUAUCGCAGGGUUGUUGGAGGACCUCAGUUCUGGCCACAGGGAACACCACCACCAGCAGCAGCAAGCUGGAGCUGGAGGCUUCCCUUACACGACGGCUCUCAGCUUGACGGUCGCAAUCGGGUGCUCUUUGCUCAUCCUGAACCUCUUGGUCUUCGCUGCCGUGUACUACCGCCGGGACAAUAAUCGCCUGGGGCAACAGAAGCCGUCCACAGGGCACAACCAGACGUCGAGCGAGCCGGGGAACGACGUCCAGCUGAGGUCGCCGACGGAGAACUGCAAGCCGUCUUCGCCCUCACAUUGCGGAACGCUCCGUUCUUCGGCCACCCUCCAUAGUACCUUGGCGACAUCCUGCGACGGGGAACCUCAACACGAGUGGCCUCCUGAUUACACUAGCUGCUGCCAGGGAGGUCCUACGUCCAACGUAGGAGGAACGAACUCAGGGGUGACCGGAGGAGGAGGAAGCGGCGGAGGUCGUCCUCACAACGGAACAGCAACUCUGAGGUCUGUUCCUCGACCUCCCCCGCCCCCGAGGUCCUCUUCGUACCCGUCCCACGUAGAAGCCCAGCCGCUCUUAUCUCCAACGGCCCUCCUACAUGCCAACAAUAAUGCCCAGUGCUCGGAGAUGCGGGUCUGAGGGAGAACGUCGAGUCCUCUAGGAACCCAGGCUUUGAAGACCCACCUUUGAGGCGUCGCGCGCCUAAAAGAGAAUCCUAAAAGAAUCCUUUUCCAGAACAGGUCUAACGGACGCCCCCCAGCGCUUCGUCGCAUCCCCUUCGUAGUGAACUAAUGACGUUAGCGCGUGUGUAUCUCGUCAUGUUGAUGUGCGUAAUCGUUACGUAACGAAAGCAUAGAGUGCUUGUACCGGAAAGGGUAACGAACAACCAAUCAAUAAGGGGCCCCUCCCUCUUUCUACUUGUGUAACCAACUGUCCAUGGGUUACUUAGAGACCUGUGUGAUAUACGAAACAUUCACCAUUUCCCUCGAAAGGGAGAAUGGAGCUUUCCUCAAUGCUUCUGCCGUCAUGGUCUAGGCGUAUAGGACUAAUUUGGUAGUGGUAAUUGUUUAUUAUUCGCUUCCUUCUUUACUUGUAUCGUUGGUAAAGGCUAAUUUUAGUUUGUUUUGGGCAAGACGUCACAUCUUAAAUAUAAUAUUUUGGCUAUUGUUUCUUAUAAUAUCCUGCUACGAAUAUCACUCAGUAAAAUGUUGUUCCAGUGAUCUAUAGAAAUAUAAAAAAAAGAGCAAGAUUGUGUGUGCGUGAAAUGAAACUGUUAGUUCUAAUAUAUAUAUAUAUAUAUAUAUAU